CUGACGGCAACUAAGGCUAGAGAUACCAAAACUGUUGAUCCGCCAGCCUUGGUAUAAAUUCUCGAGUUUUAGACCUAGGUAAUACUGCCUACGUGUCAAAAUCAUACAUACAACUUCAGGGAUCGGAAUCGAUCAACCUUAAACCUAUCUGGAUUAUAGCAUUCCAGGGCGUCGUUUUAUCUCUUCGGGCGACCAUUGAAUGGUUGGGGCGGCAGACCGAACAUAUAUCUCUACACAGACCGGGCGAUCACCGGGUACAAGUACACACGCCUGCGAGAAGGGACGGAAGCCCCAAGCGCUUAUGUUAGCAAUGGGAUGAUGUCGUAAAAUGAACAGCGGUAACGCCCAGCUUCCUAGCAUCCCUGGAUAAUAGUUUUAAAACAAGGGAAAGUGCAAAAUGUUAUCAUGUAUCGCUAUAGUCAAUCGGAAAAGUGCUAGCUAAUAGCCCCUUGAUCUGGAACCUAUAUCUUCGAGACCGUCCCCCACCGAAUCCCCAUGGGGUGACUGGAUCUAUCGCCCUUUUGUGCAUCUUAGAAGAGGAUCUUAAAACUCUCUAUUUAUAUAUAAUCUAGGUGUCUUGUGCUCUGAGCCAACUAGACGCCUAUAUUCUGCCUUGUGCACAUUUGCCCAUUUAAGCGGCCGCUCCUACGCAGCUGAACUAUCCCUACGAUGGCAGAAAAUCACGGCGCGCUGCCUCCUAAUGGACCCCACAAGGCUCAAGCGCCUCCUGCGGGAUUCGGCGGCCGUCCGGUAGGACAGUCGCAGUCUAUGCCCCAGCAAGCAAUCCCGCCACGAGCUGGACUCCCGGUGGACCAGACUAGGGGCCCUUCUGUUAAGAUUUCUGACGUAAGCCGUGGUCUUAUGACCGUAGAUGACAUGAAAGAAGAACUCGCGGAGUAUGUUCUUUUCCGGUUUGAGAAAUACGCAGCGCGAAGUCUAUAUGACGACGAAGGACGAUUGCAACAUCCUACGUGGGAUAAGGCAAUUAGAUCUCUGGUUCAGAGUAUGUCGACUGGGGAGAUAAAGCGUCGGAUUCAAUAUCUGAAUAGGAAGACUCGCACACUUACCGACAAAUUAAGAUCUCUAAGCCCUGCGCUCCAGCGGCAAAUCGACGAGGCGACAGAAGAACUCACGAUACAGAACCCAGACCCGUUUAACUAUCGCUGGGUGCUUGUACAGCUAGACCAUCAACUUGCAGAAAUUGAUCCGCAUGUUUUCGUGGCUAGAGGAAGCCAUCCACAACCUCGACGACAUCAUGGCAUAUCCAGGAGGCGAGCGCAUCGACAAACAAAUGGGAACAAACCCAGAUCUUUCAAGAGGAUCUCAUUGACAACAUUUUUCAAACGUGUUCCUAAGGCAGAUGCUGAUAUCCUUGCUCUCUACGAAGCAAAAAAAAGAAUGCCCUUCUCGCAAAAUAAUCACCCCCCCAAUCCGCACCCACAGCCGCAGCCGCAGCCGCAGUCACAACCACAACCACAACCACAACCACAACCACAACCACACCAUGGUUCGAAUCCUCAAAUAUCCCCACUAAAACCUGGUCCUGUCGAAGGUAGGCCACCAUUGGGACCGGAUGGGAAUCGCCCACAACCGGUCCCGACACGUCCUAACGGGUCAGGACCAGGGCCAGGAACCAAACGGUCUAGUGUGAAUAAUACUACAGCUGGCAGCGGAGAAAGACCAAAAGCUGCCGGUAUAAAACACAACAGGCUUGAAAGCGACUCGGGUUACUCCGACUGUCUGUCGGAUAGAUCAUUUGAUAGUCAAAUGACGCCGGACACUUCCUACUCGCCCGAAUCGCUCAAUAGGGGUAGAAACCGCGGACGAACCCAUAACAAGGCUCGUGUACCAGUUCCGAGCUUGAGCAGAAGACAUGACGCGAAUAGACUUGGUCGGGGCCUACCUGAAUAUUACACAAACUACAACAAUCGUUUUGACAUCGGAAAUGGGGUUAGGAUACCACCUACGCCGGGACCUCUUCCGUCCCAGAUGACGUCCCCUAUUGAUAUCGACAGAGCUACAGACGAUGCUUACCUCGCGGGUGUCCUCCGCGGGAGAAACGAUGCGUGGAUGACACAACAGCGAGCACGCCGCGAAGCUCGGUACCCAAGGCCUAGUCCGCGCUUUAUUUCAGGAGCGAGGUCGCCAGUUGCUCCAUAUAGAAGAUAUAUAUCUACCUCGGACCGACGAGGAGAUAUUGAUGAAGAAAUAUCGCGUCUCAACCGCUUGUCUCUUGAUGACGAUGAAGACGACUACGAUACUGUAUUGCGACGGGUGGAUGGCCGUCGACGAAGAGAGUUUGAAUAUCUCGUGCAGGAAGGGUCGGUCUUGGAAGACGAUCCAUUUGAUCGAGAGAGGUCAUCACACCCGAGACAUAGCGGGAGACAGUAUGAAGAAUCUUACGUUACGGAUGGUUCUGAUAGCGAGUUUAGUUUGCCGCGAAGGAGGAGGCGUUUUCACCACUGAAUUCAUUUGCAACUUGAAAAGUAAAGUUAUAAUAUGAUAUUUCUGAUAUGAAAGAGAUCGGUAUAGGAGAGAGGUAUAUACCUACAUAUGUGUGUAUAGGAGAGACCUGUUAGCCUGUUGGGGAUGCGGGAUGUAUGCAGUACUAGAUUGAGUAUAUGACGUAUAGAAUAAACAUGUGUAUA